AUGUCGUUCACCAACGCACCCGUUUCGCGCUCCCUCGUCGUCGGUCUCGUCGGCACCUCGGUGGCCGCGACUCUGUUCGACGUGAAGCACUACUUUUACAUCUUUGCCGACUCCCACAUAUGGCACUACCGUCAGCUGUGGCGGGCCUUCACCUACCAGCUAUGCUUUAUGAACUCGAGCGAGGUGCUGUUCGCCUGCAUGGCCAUCUAUAACCUGCGCGUAGUCGAGCGCAUGUGGGGGUCCAGGAAGUUCGCCUCUUUCCUCGCAGUAACGUCCGUUUUCACAGCCGUCCUUCCCGUCGCCAUCCUCUCCCUCCUCCAACCCAUAACGGGCGGCUUCUUCAACUACCUCCCCGCCGGCCCCACCGCCCUCAUCUUUGCCAUCCUCGCCCAAUAUCAUGCCCGCAACCCCAGCUGCCUCCACCGCCGCCGCGGGGCCUCCUCCUCGGGCCCCUCAGCCACGGGCGACGGCUUCACCGGCCUCACCCUCUCCGACAAGUCCUACCGCUACCUCGUACCACUCCAACUCGCCCUCAUGCAGUUCCCUGCUUCCCUCAUCACCGCCCCUCUCGGCUGGGCCCUCGGCUACGCCUGGCGCUCCGGCGUUUUCCCCGCCCGCCUCACCGCCUGGCGCGUUCCCGCCUGGCUCGUCGGCGGUACAUCCAAGAAACCCUCUGCCCAGUUUGAGGGUUUGCGGAGGCGGCUCGAGGAUGAGGAUGCCGACCCUACCGCCGCCACAGCCACUGGUAGGGAGGGCCAGGAGAGGUCGGGCCCCCAAAGGAGAACCGUCACGCAGGAGAUUUUUCAACAGUUUUUGUGA